GGUUAAGCAUGUUUAUGAUAAACCAGUUUCUGGCUAUGAAAUAAGUCCUGCACUGCUGCUACAAAAUCUGCAGAUUCCAGUUGACAAAAUUCAGAUGUGAAUGAAGCUUCCUCACAGCAUAAACAAGGUUUCUUGAGUGAUGAUGUUUAGACUUGUUUUCAACUACUUUAAACAGCUAGCAAAACGGUAUAGCUAUUGUAUCUUCUCAUUCUCUCAUUUAGCUCAAGAAUUGAAGAACUGAUUUGGUUUGGGUAACAACUUCUCUCACGUAAAUAUGGACUUAAAUGCAGUCACUGCUAGUCUCCAGUAUGUUGCUUCUGGUCAGGAAUUAGUGUUUUAUUUGCCAUAUUAAUUUCUGUAUUGCUGGAUUAAACAGACAGUGGUUUACAUUCUAGCAUUUAAAAGUUGGUGAAGAACACCUGCAAAAAGUUUAGUCUGACAGGUUUGUUGCUAAGGUUUAGUGCUUAUUGCUUACUAUGGGUUUGACUACAUCCAGAAAUUGCACAAGAAAAUUAAUUUUAAACUGAUUUGAGUAAUGCAGCUCACUAGUGCAAUGUCUUAGCUUGGUUACAGAGCAUACCUAAAUCUAUGAAGAGCUCUCUUCUUAAAUCAAUUGAUGUGUCCAUACGAGUUGUAAGUGGUUGUUCAAAUUCAGCUAUUUCAAAGCCACUGGUAUUCCUUCACUUGUUUUUAUCAUCUUUGGGAUGGUAACUUUGAAGGCUUUAACUGAAGUCCUGCAGAAAUUUCUUACCUUAAAAGGCAUCUCUCUUACCCAACCUCUGUUCGUGCAUUUUGAGCCAAAUUUUUAUUUAAAAACAAAGUUGUAAUUAGCUUAGUAUUUUGAGAAUUUCCUAGAAUUAUUCAAUCAGUAAAUAAUCUCUGUAAAAGACAAAUGUCAUUUUAUGAAUGUUACCUCUUAUACUUUGUCUUAAUGAACUGCAUAUAUUAAAACUCAUUUGUGUUUUGCUUAAUGUUCACGUUAAUGAUUGCAUAUACACAGGUGACAAUGGAUAACUUCCAUUAAAAAUGUGUUAUGAUCUAUAGGAGAUGCUAGCAGCAGCCAGAUCAGUCAGACCUAAUCUUUAUGUGAUAGCUGAACUCUUCACGGGCAGUGAGUACAUUGACAAUGUCUUUGUCAACCGCCUGGGAAUUACCAGCCUGAUUAGAGGUACAAGAAGCAAUUGAAAGUUACGUAGGGUUGUCAUGUAUGGUUUGGAGUUUUUAACAUGAAGCUAACGUUGAUGUGCUUUCUUUUUUUUUUUUUUUUGCAUAUUUAUCUUCUUUGCUUAUGCUGUUAUCUUUCCUCCUUCAUGUUCUUUUUAACUUCUUCUGUAUUGUGUCCUAAUUAUUGAUUUUUUUUCUUAUAUUUGCGUAUCAUCUUGUGUAUAAUUUUUUCAUUCCCUAAUUUUGGCUUUCUGUUUGUCUUUGCUGCAUGGCAUUUUCCCGUUGUCCAAUCCUU